AUGCAUAUCAAAACCACUCUAUUGAGUGAAGGAUCAUCAUCAAAUGUGUUCCUGACAGAGGAUCCUAAUUAUGUGAUGAAGGAAUUCAAAUCUUUAUACCCUGCUUCAUUAAGAUAAAAAGAAGCUUAUAUUUUAGAACUUCUGAGAGGUGAACAUAUUGUAAAACUGAUCACUUAUACAGAUAAUUACUUAAUCUUGGAAAGACUAUAAUCUCAUGAUUUGUUUGAAGUUAUAAAAUCUCAAAGUCUCAAUCAUUAAUUACAAAAGGAAACAUGCAAAAGUUUGAUUAGGAUAAUAAAUUCAAUUCAUAGAAUGCAAGUUGUUCAUAGAGACAUCAAAUUAGAAAACAUUCUGAUUGACAAAGCUGGUAGAAUAGUCUUAUGUGAUUUUGGAUUUGCUGAGUUGUUAAAUAGUUGUUCAGUCAAAAGAACUGUGGGCACUUUGAAUUAUAUGCCUCCAGAGUUGCAUCAAGAAUCAUUAUUAGGAGGAAUGAAUAGUGAAAACAUAAAUACUUAAAUCCUAAUUAAAUCUGAUGUAUUUUCACUUGGUGUUACAGUAUUUUAAAUCAUAUUGGGAUUUCAACCAUUUAUAUCAACUAAACCUAGUGCUAAUUGUAAAUUAUGGAAGUUAAUAUUAUAAAAGAAAUGGUCAUAAUAUUGGGUAUUAGUUUAGAAAUUAUCGAAAAUUCAAAUUGAUCCUCUAACUUAGAAUUUCUUGGAAUAAUUUAUACAACCAGAUACUACAUCUAGAGCUUCUUUGGAUGAUAUAUAUUCUCAUCCAUUUCUAAAAGAGGUGAAGGACGAUGUUCAUUUAAUUUUCUGA